GCAGCUCACAGCGCGGCCGCGCGCCGCCGACCCACGCACCGACAAACCAGUGCUCUAACGAAAAACGUUCCGUAGUGAGUGCGUUCCAUUUUCAAAUCAAGAUGAGGCGCAACGUGAAAAUUAUGUUCCUCGUCGGAACUGCUUGGAUGUUUUUCCUUUUUUACUACAUGCAGUCUGAGACCCCACAGUCUAAGGAAGAAAAUAUAGCCCUACGGCUAAUAAAACAAACGAACAUCGAAGAAACAGAAAGCAGUCCAUCAGCUGAUGAGCCGUACACCAGCACAGGGCGGUACUUCGACGAGGGGGGGUAUGUGGCGGGGGGCUCUAAGGACUCCGACCCAUAUGUACGGAACCGCUUCAACCAGGCAGCCUCCGAUGCGUUGCCCAGCAACAGAGCCGUGCCUGACACAAGGAACGCAAUGUGCCGGCUAAAAAAAUACGACGAAGGUCUCCCGCAGACCAGCGUCAUCAUCACCUUCCACAACGAAGCUCGGUCAACGCUACUGCGUACCAUCGUCAGUGUCCUCAAUAGAAGUCCGGAACACCUCAUCAAAGAAAUAAUUCUAGUCGAUGACUUCAGUGAUACUCCGGAAGACGGCGCCGCGCUGCGUGCUAUCCGCAAGGUGCGCGUGAUCCGCAACAGCAAGCGCGAGGGGCUGAUGCGCUCGCGCGUGCGCGGCGCCGACGCGGCCACCGCGCCCGUGCUCACCUUCCUCGACUCCCACGUCGAGUGCAACGCGCACUGGCUCGAGCCGCUGCUGCAGAGGAUCAAAGAGGACCCGACUCGCGUGGUGUGUCCCGUGAUCGACGUGAUCAGUAUGGACAGCUUCCAGUACAUCGGCGCCUCGGCCGACCUGCGUGGCGGGUUCGACUGGAACCUAGUGUUUAAGUGGGAGUACCUGUCUCAUUCGGAGCGCAGCGCUCGCCUGAGCGACCCGACGCAAGUGAUCCGCACGCCCAUGAUCGCCGGCGGGCUGUUCAGCAUGGACCGCAAGUACUUCAACAAGCUGGGCAAGUACGACAUGCGGAUGGACGUGUGGGGCGGCGAGAACUUGGAGAUCUCCUUCAGAGUGUGGCAAUGCGGUGGUUCCCUAGAGAUAGUUCCCUGCUCCCGCGUCGGCCACGUGUUCCGCAAACGACACCCAUACACGUUCCCCGGCGGGUCCGGAGCCGUGUUCGCGAGGAACACGCGCCGCGCCGCUGAGGUGUGGAUGGACAACUACAAGGAGCUGUACUACAGGUCGCAGCCGCUGGCCAAGCAAGUCGACUACGGAGACAUCUCGGAGCGCGUGGCGCUGCGCACGCGGCUGCACUGCAAGCCGUUCCGCUGGUACCUGGAGCACGUGUACCCUGAGCUGCAGGUGCCGCUGGCCGACGCGCCGCGCGCCGUGCGCCAGGGCGCGCGCUGUCUCGACACCAUGGGCCAUCUCAUCGACGGCACCUUAGGAAUGUAUCCCUGUCACAACACGGGCGGCAACCAAGAGUGGCGGUUCGAGAACGGCCUGCUGCGGCACCACAGCCUGUGCGUGUCGCUGUCGCGCGCCGACCGCGUGACGGCCGUGCUGGCGGCCUGCGACCCGUCCGACUUCGCGCAGCUCUGGCGGCGGAAGGGCGCGCUCAUCACGCACGCCAAGCUCGACGCCUGCCUCGACACCGACCGGCCCGCGCUCUAUUUAGAAAAGUGCAACGAGGACAAACCCAGUCAACAGUUCACGUUUUAAAUGACUAGUUCGAUAUUCCAGUUAAACCGAAGCGAAACAAAUUGGUAGUUAAACAUUGUUUCGAAAUAAUAUGAGAUGAACUAUCAGUAUUGCGUACCUAGUAACACUUAAAAGAUAACCACUUGAAAUUAAUUUAAUUGGUGGUAUGUCAGAUCCGCUGGUAACCUUGUUCAAAACUACUUGAUGAUCAUAAAAUCUGAAGAUGGAGGAAAUUGUUAUCUCGCGAUGAAUCCUCAUUAUUUUAUAAUACAUCACAGACUGCUGAAACCGCGAUCCAAUAUCUUGUAUAGGCUUUAGUGCUAAUUAUUGUUAAGUAGGUAAAUAUGAAACUUUAUACAACUAAAAGACGGUUUCGCUUUAAAAGCCUAUUAUUAAGAACAAUCUUAUUCCUUCAAGAUAUGAAUGCCCUUUUUGGCGUUUAGUUUUAAGAAAGUUGCUGUGAUUAAUUAAGAAUCUUCAUGUAAAAAGACUAUGAAUCUUCUUAUAAGAAGCCCUUUACUGUACGAUUUCAUCAAAUUAAUAAUCAUCACAUAAUAUUAUAUUAUAUCAUCACAUCACGGCAACUUAGGUACACAUUGUAUUUAAAUGAAUGUAUGUGAGAUUCUACGUCUUUCAGUUAUACUCAUUUAAUUUAUCACAAUCUCUAGUAAUCUCAUAAUCUGUGAGUCUCUUUCCAAUAUAGGUACCUACUUAGUGACUUAUUUUAAAUUUUUGAAAUAACCAACAAAACGUUUGAGAAUUAAGAAUAAAUAUGAAAUUGAAUAUUAUAUUAGAAAAUAUUUUAUUGUAGGAGGACAUCACGUACGUAAGAGUUUACACCGUGGAAUUUAACCGCUAAGACUCACUUAAUAUGUUUAAGCAGUUCAUGAUGAUGAAUGAAUGAUUUGCGACUAAGUACAUUAAUAGUAGUUACCAUAAAGUUGUAAAUAUGUAAUUAUUAUAAGUGCCGGGAAAGUGGAAUGUGGAUAUUGUAUAAUGUAGUGUUUUGUAACAGUUAUACAUUAGGUACAUUAGAUGUAAAGCUGUUCUCACUUUAGGAUAUUUUAGUUCAAGCAAUAGUUAGGUUUAUUAUUAUAUUUGAGAAAAUUAUUAAAAUAUGGCCUAUAUUGAUUUAGACUUUAUUUAUUGGUUACGUAUUUCAAUUAUAUUUCAAUACUCGUUUGAGAUAAGAUGUAUGUUAACAUGUGUAUGUAUAUUUGAUAGAAGGAAUUAUUUAUUAUUUCUUUUAUUGCUUUUAAGUACCGAUAUUUGUUUAGGAAGCUACUACUUACUACUUUUUCUUCCCUUGUAUGUAAACUGCAAAUUUUCAUACAAAUAAUAUGUUUUAUAAUUAUCAUUUAUAUAUUUUAUCAUUUCUUAAACUUAUUUCCAUAAAUUCCAUAUGUAAAGUAAGCUUUAUUGGUGACCUUUACAUAAGAUAAGUUACUUAAUAGGUAACCAAGCGCGGAUCCAGCUUCGUGCCCAGGGGGGGGGUCACGUGGUCUAUUUGUCUAACUUAGGCUCCAGGGGGGGUUCAUGAUCCCCAUGACCCCCCCCUGGAUCCGCGCAUGUAGGUAACUCUGUUAAGAUUUAGAUGACUUUUAUGCUAAACCAGUUAAUUUGCAGUAACUGUAUUUUAGAUACUUUUAUAGCCAGAACCAUCUACUUACCUAACAUGGGUAUUUUUUUUUUCUUGUUUUUUUAAUAGGUGGAUUUUCUUCAACUGCAAAAGCGAACAAAACUUCAUUGUAAAGUUAAUAUAUCUAUCCUAAAGCAAAUCAUGAGGAACUUGUGUUAUAUGUUUACAAAGACUUUUAUUUAUGACUGAAUUUCACAAAUCAGUUUUUCUAACAAAUACGGGCACUAAGCCACUAAAACAAAUACAAAUAAUUUAA